GUCACUCUGAGCUAGUCAGCUAAUUAGGUCUCUUAGUUACAUAGCUAGCUGAUUCCAGUAGAGUUGUGUUGUUAAUUUAUGUUGUUGCAUGUAUGUAGCACCUUGGUCCUGGAGAAACGCUGUUUUGUUUCACUGUGUACUGAACUGUACUGUAUAUGGUUGGAAUGACAAUAAAAGCGUUGACUUGACUUGACUUAGAUAUGCCAAGAAGGAAGCUGCCUGCCACACGCUCUCAUGCACGCCCUGCCAUCAGCGCCUUCAAAGCGCCUCCUGCUCUGUGCUGCGCGCUUCAUCUGCUUGGAUUGCCAUGCCUUGACUCUGGAGACACUGCCUGGGCCAAGUUGUGUAACUUGGUUUUCCAUGUUUAUAUACACUUUGUAUGUACUGUAAGAUGAUCAUAGACACCCAUAAUCAAUAGGCAUAAUCCACAGGAGGUCAUUUCUGCCCUCUAGGGGUUAUCUGUGACAAUCUGAAAGGGAUGAAUAUUCACAGAGUGCUGAAUCAAAGCAUUGAAAAGGUGACUGAAUAAAUGAGGACGUAAAUUUCAGGAAUUCAAUGUCGUCAGUGGUCAAACGUGCAUUCAGGAAAAUUUGAUCUGUUACAGUAGAAUGUGUUUGACAUUUGAAUGACUUAUGUACUGUACGUACAUGACAAAGGUACACAAAGCACCACUCUCAAAACAGGAAGUCAGUUUCCCAAACAGUAUUGUCAAAUAACCUAAUAAACUUGUACUAAGGAUCUAGCUUAAUCUAAUGAUUUUAAUCAUGUUUUGGAUAUUUUCCAAGGUUAUUUGUUCAAGCAAAGAAAAAAAAAAUUACUAUUGCAUUUAAGUAUGCACUUUGAGCUGUUUCUGAUUUAAAUAAUGACUGUAUCAGGUUAUAGGUGUCUUUAAAACUCCUCCUAUUGAGGAAGUGUCGAAUCUGAGGCGCCUGCAGGUAUUCAUAAACUGACUGCAUUGUUCUGCUUUUGUGAGAUUCGUUUUAUUUUCAGUUUCUUUCUUGGCUCCUUUUCAGCAAUGACUUAGGAAGUGAUUAUUAACUAAACCAACAAAGUCAUGGUUUUAUCCUAAAACAAACCUGAGAUCAAAGAGUGAUUCCUUUUUAUCUAAAUGAAACCGAAACUCUGAGCAUUCCGACUGGAAAGAACAAAAGCAGCAAUAUAAAAUGGCUUCUAAGUUUUCAGAGGAGGAUUUGUCCUGUCCUGUGUGCUGUGACAUCUUUAAGGAUCCUGUUCUUCUGCAAUGCAGUCACAGUGUGUGUAAAGUGUGUUUGCAGCUGUUCUGGGAGGCCAAAGGAUCCAGAGAAUGUCCUGUUUGUAGGAGGAAGUCAUCUAUGGAGAAUCCUCUCACAAACCUGGCUUUAAAAAACUUGUGUGAGACUUUCUUACAGGAGAGAAGUCAGAGAUCUUCAUCAGUGUCUGAAACAGUCUGCAGUCUGCACAGUGAGAAACUCAAACUCUUCUGUCUGGAUGAUCAACAGCCGGUGUGUGUGGUGUGUCAGACUUCAAGAAAACACACCAACCACAAAUUCAACCCCAUCGAUGAGGCAGUAAAAAACUGUAAGGAGGAGCUAAAAACUGCACUGAAACCCCUGCAGGAGAAACUGAAGAUCUUUAAAAAAUGUAAACUGAACUGGAGUCAGACUGCAAAAUAUAUAAAGAUUCAGGCCCAUCGCACAACGCGUCACAUUAAGGAGGAGUUUGAGAAGCUUCACCAGUUUCUACGAGAUGAAGAGGCAGCCAGUAUCGCUGCACUGAGAGAGGAAGAGGAGCAGAAGAGUCAGGUGAUGAAGGAGAAGAUUGAGAAGCUGAGCAGAGACAUAUCAUCUCUUUCAGACACAAUUAGAGCCGUAGAAGAGGAUAUGGGAGCUGAAGACGUCUCGUUCUUACAAAACUACAAGUUCACAGUGAAAAGAGCCCAGUGUACACUGCAGCAUCCAGAGGAGCUUUCAGGAGCACUGAUCCAUGUGGCAAAACAUCUGGCAAACCUGAGGUUCAGAGUCUGGGAGAAGAUGCAGCACACUGUUCAAUACACACCUGUAACUCUGGACCCCAACACUGCUCAUCCUAGACUCAUUGUAUCUGAUGAUCUGGCCAGCGUGCGAUUCAGUGGUGAGGAACAGAAACUUCCUGAUAAUCCAGAGAGAUUUAAUGAAUAUAUGCCUAUCCUGGGCUCUGAGGGCUUUACCUCAGGGACACACUACUGGGAUGUUGAAGUUGGAGACUGUUUAAGGUGGUUUGUGGGUGUGAUGACAGAAUCUGCCCAAAGGAAGGGAGAGAUAUACUCCAGAAGUGGAAUCUGGUGUGUGGAGUAUAAUAAUGGUGAAUAUGUAGCGCGUUCUACACCACAGACAUACACUCCGCUCCCAGUAACACAGAAACUCCAGAGGAUCAGAGUGUGGCUAAACUGGGACAGAGGAAAACUGUUAUUCUAUGACCCACUCAAUGACACACACAUACACACUUUCACUCACAGAUUUUCUGAGAAGUUACUUCCAUUCCUAAGAGUUGUUGGGUCUGUAAAGCUCCUCCCACUUCAGUUCUCUGUAAGAGUGAAUCUGAUCAGUUAGAGUUCAUUAAUGAAAUAUUGCAAGUUAAAAGAUUCAUAUUCUUUAUGAAAGUUUGUUUUUAACACUGAACAGUUCAUUACUUUUUUAGUUACUAGUUUACUAUUUAUAAGUUAUUAAUUUAAAUUGAAGGGAUUUUGAGGUACUGUAAAAUAAUGACCUACUCUGUUAAAAUAAAGAGAUAUUACAUCAAAAUAAUGUAAUAUUAAGUUCAAAUAACUACAGAGCACUUUUCCUAUACUGUAGAUAUUCAGUUGAGGCUUCCAUAAGCAUGGAAAUCCGAUGUACUCCGUUACAUUUAUUUAAGCAACUUUAAAAAAAAUUUACUUUUAUGAGUAGUUUUACCUCACCAUACUUUUUACUUUUACUUAAGUAGAUUUGCGAAGAAGAAACGCUACUCUUUUUCUGCUACACUCAAUGUUAUUUAACAUAGACAAAAGAGACAAAAAAAAUACAAGUUUCUUACAUUUGUUCUACUGGACACAGUUUAUGGUAAAGUGCUCUUCGACAUGUUCUAAUGUUAUUUUCUGCUGAGCCAUUUGGAGUCAACUGAAUAUACAGUAUAUUUAAUGCUGUUAAAACAUACAUAUUUCCUACAGUAGGUAUUUGUUUCAAAAGCUUUAUAUUGUGAAAAAAGUUACAUUAGGAAAUUUGUCUUUCUUGUUAAACUUUGCUAUUUUGUAAAGAUCUUUAUUUGUGUUGAUUUAUUUAAUUAAUUAAUUCAAUUUAUUUGUAAAUGUCAGAAAUUGUACAUUAUUUUAUAAUUUUGUCUGGCUGCAUCAUUUCUAAAAACAAUCAAUCAGACAUUACGACAAAACAGUUGCUCAGUUUUUUUUGACAAUUGGUACAAAAUCUAAGCUAACGAUUUAAUUAAACAUUAAAAAGAUCAAAAUUUGAUUAGUGUGAUCAUGAUAGUCUCAGUCUUCAGGGUUUAAACUGAUUGAUUGAAAUGGAAUGAGUGUGGCUGGUGUGGUUUGAAAGACACCAAAGCUCUUUAUAUUGAUUAUAAUGUGCUCUGUGCAAUACAGAACUUUUUGACACUUUGCA